AUCUGUCGCCUGUACCGUCGAGCAACGCCUGAAGCCGGAACUUGUUUCACCGUGAGAACCAAUCUCUCGCCGCCUUGUUGUCUCAAACAUUCGCUGGCCCCCAUCGACGCAUCCAACCACUCUCCUCCACAUCUACCACUAGCGAGAGUGCUACAUCUCCGGUGGAGCAGCCACCGCCGCAUGAGAAUCCAGUCAUCUCUGAACUCAUUUCCGCCGCUCCUCCCUCUCCGCCGCCACAAAUUACGAUGAUGGAUAUUGUGAAUAGCAACGGAAUUUUAACAGAUCAAUUGAUUGAUGAAGAACCAUCUUUUUACAAAUAUUUGGAUAGCGAAGAGUAUGCUGAGAAGUAUCGAAGAUACGAAGCUGACUUUAGGAAGUAUCUCAUGGAUAAGCACUUCUCUGAAGUGGAUGAGUAUGAGGAGACAACUACAAUUGAUGGUGAAACCAUUUGUUCAAGCGUGUGGCCUUGUGCACGUUGGUAUGCAGACCCGGAUGCUUCGUUUGUAGACCCGCCACAAUGCAUAGAAGAAGAAGAAGAAGAUGAAGAAGAAGAAGAAGUAGGAGAAGUAGAAGAAAUGGAAGAAGUAGAAGAGGUUGAAGAAGAAGUUGAAGAAGUAGGAGAAGUAGAAGAAGAACAAGAAGAACAAGAAGAGGUUAUUGAUUCAGCUUCUGCAGAGAUACCCAAUGGUGAAAUCUCCAAUGGAGGUACUGUCUUAGAGGACAGUUGUGAUGUUGGCAAGAAACCAGAUAUGCCCAUUUAGUUUUUUUUUUUUGUUCUGUUUUUGGUGUUAACAAUGUUUGUUGAACCUUUUGCUUAAGUUGAUUUACUUCUUUAGACCAAUAAUGUGAAACAUGUAGAUAUUAAACAAUAAUAGCUACU